AUGGCGUCUCCAGAGAUAUCAAAUAGGAGAUCCAAGUCCAGCAAACGCUCCGGCAAGUCAGGCGGGCAAGAACGUCUGAAAACCAUCGUACGGCGUUUACCUGCGAACCUCCCUGAAGAGAUCUUUUGGCAGAGCGUCCAUAAUUGGGUCAACGAUGAUACCGUUAUAUGGAAGGUUUUCUAUCCUGGGAAGCUGAGGAAGAAGGUGAACAAGGAGAACAUACUCUCGCGAGCGUACAUUGCCUUCAAGAGCGAGGAACUCUUGGCAGCAUUCAGUAGAGACUAUGACGGCCAUAUCUUCCGUGACAAAGCUGGAAAUGAAUCGCGAGCGGUGGUGGAGUUCGCGCCGUACCAGAAGAUCCCGCCUUUGGAGAAGAAGAAAAUGGACAGUAGGAACGGUACUAUUGAGAAAGACGAGGAUUUCAUCUCCUUCAUGCAACUCCUCGAUACCUCCAGCACCAAACCUCACGAUAAUGAAUCACUGCUCGAAACCUUGAUUGCAUCCACGCAACCUCAGCCUCAACCCAAGUCAACACCACUCCUCGAAGCUUUGAAGGCGGAGAAGAGCGCCCAGAAGGACAAGGAAGCCAUCCUUCGGAACCAUCCUCACUACAAAGACGUUCAAAUUGCGUCCAAGAAAGAGGAUCCGAAGAAGAAAGCCGUCCCCGUGCCUCCACCUGCGGCCAAGCCAGUUGAAUCUACUCCUGCCGGCAAGAAAGCUGCAAAGAAGGCCGCGGCUGCUCAGAAAAUUGCCCAGCAGCAGCAGAAAACAAACCCAUCUCAGUCCCAGAACACGCCGGCAUCCUCUGCACCAUCUACUGCUCCCACCAUCACCUCUGCCACUGGGCCUCCGCCUCCAACUGCUCCAAGAGCUAUGCGAGCUGGGCGCCAGCAGCCAAGGACACAGCCACAACGAGUGGAACAACAGUCGUCGAAACGUGUUGAGACUCCAACGUCGACUGUAGAAACAGCGUCAGGUGCUGGACCUUCCACCACAGCCUCCACGUCUGCAUCCGAGCCCAAUGCUCCUACUACGCCCGCUAGCGCAUCAAGCGGACGUCGACCGCGGCCUGUUCUUGGUAUAGGUGCAUCUCGGCAAUUCGAGGCUGCCCUGAGUGGCGCCGGAGUAGCGAAACCCCGUCGUGAGCGUGGAGGGGACAAGGAGAAAGAGAAGGGAGGAGCAGUUGAUGCCGACAAGGGGAAGGAGAAGGAGAUACCGGCCAAGGUCAUUGCCAAAGAUUCCGCCAGUAUUCCGUCGACACAUGUCACCAAACCCACACAAUCACCAAAGAAACCACCCCCUCCACGCGCAGAGGCCGCUGUACUUCCUGUGCCUACUAUAUUGCAGAGGAACCCUCAGCAACCUCCUCGCAUCUUAACUCGCACGACCGAGCCAGACAGUAACGCACCGCCGACUCCCGUCACCCCUGCACCUGACAGCGCAAGCGGAAGGGGUUUCGGUGGUAGGGGCAGAGGUAGAGGCAGGGGCAGAGGUAGAGGAGCUCCUAGGGGCAUCUGAGGCGCCAUCACUCUCCGACUUGUAGCGUUUCCGACCUCGUGAAGCUGCUCGUCAAGGUUCGCUCGUUGAAUUCGAUCCCAUAACGGGCAAGUCAGGAUGUCAAACUCCACGCUGCUUUCAAGUCACGUCUGCCCUCAUAGGCGUUCUCUUUCUUCAUGAUCGCUUUGAGCUAUCAACGUGUUUAGUUGUGAAGUUGUCGGAUGGCGCCUACUUUAAAUUAUGUACUUACUCUGGAGCUUCUCCCUGAUUCCUACGUCGACUAUGAAUAUGUACCACCUUG